AUGGAAUUAUUCAUUCCAAUGAUUAAUCAACUGCAACAUAUAUUUACAUCAGCUAAUGCGAAAUUGAUAUUAACAUUGCCACAAAUUGCAGUUGUUGGUGCACAAUCCGCCGGUAAAAGUUCUGUACUUGAAAAUAUUGUUGGACGUGAUUUUCUUCCUCGUGGUGGAAACAUGGUUACAAAACGACCACUUGUACUACAAUUGAUAACGUCACAAGGCCAAGAAUAUGCAAUAUUUGGACAUAAACCACAACAAAGAUUUAUUAAUUAUGCUGAUGUUCGAGUAGAAAUUGAAAAUGAUACUAAAGCUGUCGUACGAGAAGAUAUGGGUGUAUCAAAUUUACCAAUUAAUUUAACAAUAUAUUCACUACAUGUUGUUAAUCUUACACUGGUCGAUUUACCAGGCAUGGUUAAAGUUCCAUCUCAAGGACAACCGCCGGACAUUGUGAAAAAAAUCGAUGAUAUUAUUCUCGAAUAUAUAAGCAAUGAAAGUUGUCUUAUUCUAGCUGUAACACUAGCUAAUAUAGAUAUUCUUACAUCAGAUGCUUUAGUUAUGGCACGUAGUCGAGAUCCAAUGGGUAAACGUACAAUAGGUGUAUUAACUAAAAUUGAUAUGAUGGGUAAAGGCCAUAAUGCACGUGAUGUACUUUUAAAUAAAGUUGUUGUUCUUGAGCGAGGUUUUAUUGGUGUUGUUCUUCGUGGUCAACGUCUUGAUGAAUAUGGACGAGUAUCCAAAGAAUUAGACAUUCCGACUGCAUUAGAAUAUUAA